GACCGUAAUGUGGGCCGGUCUCCGCAUUCCAUAAAGAGAGAGUAACUGUGGGAUGGGGGUCUGUUGUGCGGCAAUAGCUUUGUUCUCCUGACUGGUCAUUCCUUUCACGGUGUAAACCAUGGCUGAUGAUGAGAUUGCAGCGCUGGUGGUGGACAAUGGAUCCGGGAUGUGCAAGGCUGGGUUUGCGGGGGAUGAUGCCCCCAGAGCCGUGUUUCCCUCCAUAGUGGGGCGGCCUCGACACCAGGGUGUGAUGGUGGGAAUGGGUCAGAAAGACAGCUACGUUGGUGAUGAAGCCCAGAGCAAGAGGGGCAUCCUGACCCUGAAAUAUCCAAUUGAGCACGGGAUUGUGACCAACUGGGAUGACAUGGAGAAGAUCUGGCACCACACCUUCUACAAUGAGCUGAGAGUAGCCCCAGAGGAGCACCCUGUCCUCCUCACAGAGGCGCCCCUCAAUCCCAAAGCCAACCGAGAGAAGAUGACCCAGAUCAUGUUUGAGACCUUCAACACCCCAGCCAUGUACGUUGCCAUUCAAGCUGUGCUGUCUUUGUACGCCUCUGGCCGUACCACUGGUAUUGUGCUAGAUUCUGGAGACGGUGUGAGUCACACCGUGCCAAUCUAUGAAGGCUAUGCCUUGCCACAUGCCAUCCUGCGUCUGGACCUGGCUGGCCGGGAUCUCACCGACUACAUGAUGAAGAUCCUGACUGAGCGUGGGUACUCCUUCACAACCACAGCCGAGAGGGAGAUUGUCCGUGACAUCAAGGAGAAGCUCGCCUAUGUAGCCCUAGAUUUUGAAUCUGAGAUGCAGACGGCCAGCUCCUCCUCAUCCUUGGAGAAAAGCUACGAGCUCCCUGAUGGCCAAGUCAUUACCAUUGGCAAUGAGCGUUUCAGGUGCCCAGAAACCCUCUUCCAACCCUCCUUCAUUGGGAUGGAAUCUACUGGGAUCCAUGAGACUUGUUUCAACAGCAUCAUGAAAUGUGAUGUGGACAUCAGGAAGGAUCUGUAUGCCAACACAGUCCUGUCUGGUGGAACCACCAUGUUCCCAGGGAUUGCUGACAGGAUGCAGAAGGAAAUCACAGCCUUGGCUCCGAGCACCAUGAAGAUUAAGAUCAUUGCUCCACCAGAGAGGAAGUAUUCAGUAUGGAUCGGAGGUUCCAUCCUGGCUUCUCUCUCCACCUUCCAGCAGAUGUGGAUCAGUAAGCAGGAGUAUGAUGAGUCUGGUCCCUCCAUUGUCCAUCGCAAGUGCUUCUAAUUCACCAUGGAGAAUGGAACUGAUUUAACCUUGAUUAGAUUAAGAUGGAAAGGUUGACUUUUCAUUUUCAUUUUUCCAAAUGUUGCCUGCCCAGUUAACUUGAGUUUUGUUUUAGGCCUUUGUGGAUAUGAUAUAAGCUUUGGUGACUGAUAUGAUACAAGUUUUGGUGACAGCUCUAGCUCUGGUUCAGGAAUGGUUGAAAAUCCAAUUGCUCACAAUGAUCCUACAAUAUUUUAUUGGGAUACCUGGGAGAAAUGGGAUACCUGGCUAUUAGAUAUUGGCUUUUUACAGGGAACAAAUGUGAGCGAAUUUAAAGAACAGAGGUCCCUCAAGUUUGCUGUCCUUCAUCCUGGUGUCAAAUUGGUAACUGGGGAAGUGACUUUGUUUUCAUUUUGCAUUUACAAUUUUCCCACUGUGCUCAAGACAACACAGAAUUACCCCUGGGAGGUUGGGUUUCUGGGGAAUGAGUCAUCUCCUGAAAGUAUUCAUCUCUGCUGGAAACAGUUAAUUAAUACAAAAUAUUUGUUAUUGCAGAACAUUGAAUAAAAAUGGAUUUGAACAACAACA